ACCUACAGGCUUCAUUGGGAAGUCUUUAGUUUUUGCCGUGGGAUUCAGCCCCAGUAGUGUCCCAAGAACGUGGUGAAGGUCUUCUACAAGGAGUUGUGGGGAUUUCCUGCCAUCCAGCAGUAAUCCAGAUCUGCAGCUUUUGGUUUUAGGGUUUUAGGAAGAAUCUGAUGGUGAGGAGAGGCUAAGGAGAAGACUCAGGAUGACGACGACGGUAGCGACAGAUUACGACAACAUUGAAAUCCAACAGCAGUACAGCGACGUCAACAACCGCUGGGAUGUCGACGACUGGGACAAUGAGAACAGUUCUGCUCGGCUCUUUGAGCGCUCCCGCAUCAAGGCCCUGGCUGAUGAACGUGAGGCAGUUCAGAAGAAGACCUUCACCAAGUGGGUGAAUUCCCACUUGGCUCGUGUGUCCUGCCGAAUUACAGACCUGUACACUGACCUUCGAGAUGGGAGGAUGCUCAUCAAACUCCUGGAAGUGCUUUCAGGAGAGAGACUUCCUAAACCAACUAAAGGAAGGAUGCGCAUCCAUUGCCUGGAGAAUGUGGAUAAAGCCCUCCAGUUCCUGAAGGAGCAACGAGUGCACCUAGAAAACAUGGGAUCUCAUGAUAUUGUGGAUGGGAAUCACAGGCUGACACUUGGCCUUAUUUGGACCAUUAUCCUGAGAUUCCAGAUCCAAGAUAUCAGCGUUGAAACUGAGGACAACAAAGAGAAGAAAUCUGCUAAAGAUGCUUUGCUUUUGUGGUGCCAGAUGAAAACAGCUGGGUACCCCAACGUCAAUAUCCACAACUUUACAACAAGCUGGAGGGAUGGGAUGGCGUUCAAUGCACUGAUCCAUAAGCACAGGCCUGAUCUGAUUGAUUUUGACAAGCUGAAGAAAUCAAAUGCACACUACAAUCUGCAGAAUGCUUUUAACCUUGCAGAGCAGCACCUUGGUCUUACCAAGCUCCUGGACCCUGAGGAUAUCAGUGUUGAUCACCCUGAUGAAAAGUCAAUCAUCACCUAUGUGGUGACAUAUUACCACUACUUCUCCAAGAUGAAAGCUUUGGCUGUCGAAGGAAAACGUAUCGGAAAGGUGCUUGACAAUGCCAUUGAAACAGAGAAAAUGAUAGAAAAAUACGAGUCCCUGGCUUCUGACCUGCUGGAGUGGAUUGAGCAAACCAUUAUCAUCCUCAACAAUCGCAAAUUCGCCAACUCCCUGGUUGGGGUGCAGCAGCAGCUGCAGGCGUUCAACACUUACCGCACAGUGGAGAAACCACCCAAAUUUACAGAAAAAGGAAACCUGGAAGUGCUGCUUUUUACCAUCCAAAGCAAAAUGAGAGCCAACAAUCAGAAAGUGUACAUGCCGAGGGAGGGCAAACUCAUCUCUGACAUUAACAAGGCCUGGGAAAGACUGGAAAAAGCUGAACAUGAAAGAGAACUGGCACUGCGAAAUGAGCUCAUCAGACAAGAGAAACUGGAACAACUUGCACGGAGAUUCGAUCGCAAGGCAGCUAUGAGAGAAACUUGGCUGAGUGAAAAUCAACGUCUCGUUUCUCAGGACAAUUUUGGCUUUGACCUCCCAGCAGUGGAGGCUGCCACGAAGAAGCACGAGGCCAUCGAGACGGACAUCGCGGCGUACGAGGAGCGGGUUCAGGCCGUGGUGGCGGUGGCGAAGGAGCUCGAGACUGAAAACUACCACGACAUCAAACGCAUCACUGCAAGGAAGGACAAUGUCAUCCGCCUGUGGGAGUAUCUCCUGGAGCUGCUCCGGGCACGGAGACAGCGGCUGGAGAUGAACCUUGGGCUACAGAAGAUUUUCCAGGAAAUGCUGUACAUUAUGGACUGGAUGGACGAGAUGAAGGUGCUUUUGCUGUCCCAAGACUAUGGCAAACAUUUGUUGGGAGUUGAGGACCUGCUGCAGAAACAUGCUCUGGUGGAAGCUGACAUCGCUAUUCAGGCUGAGAGAGUAAGAGGGGUCAAUGCCUCUGCUCAGAAGUUUGCCACUGAUGGAGAAGGUUACAAGCCCUGUGACCCACAGGUGAUCAGGGACCGCGUGGCUCACAUGGAGUUCUGCUACCAGGAGCUCUGCCAGCUCGCGGCCGAGCGCCGUGCGCGCCUCGAGGAGUCCCGGCGCCUCUGGAAAUUCUUCUGGGAAAUGGCUGAAGAGGAGGGCUGGAUCAGGGAGAAGGAGCAGAUCCUGUCAUCUGAUGACUAUGGGAAGGACCUAACCAGUGUUGUCCGACUCUUGAGUAAACACAAGGCGUUUGAGGAUGAGAUGAGUGGCCGCAGCGGCCACUUUCAGCAGGCGAUAAAAGAAGGUGAAGACAUGAUCGCGGAAGAGCAUUUUGGGUCUGAGAAGAUCAGAGAAAGAAUUAAGGAUAUCCGGGAGCAGUGGGCUAACCUGGAGCAGUUAUCUGCCAUUAGGAAGAAGAGGCUGGAGGAAGCCUCUCUCCUUCACCAGUUCCAGGCUGAUGCUGACGAUAUUGACGCGUGGAUGUUGGACAUCCUCAAGAUUGUCUCCAGUAAUGACGUUGGCCAUGAUGAAUAUUCCACUCAGUCCUUGGUCAAGAAACACAAAGAUGUGGCUGAAGAGAUUGCGAGCUACCGGCCGACCAUCGACUCUCUUCACGAGCAGGCCAAGGCCCUGCCGCAGGAGCACGCGGAGUCUCCAGAUGUGCAAGGCAGGUUGUCCGGAAUUGAGGAGAGAUACAAAGAGGUUGCUGAGCUGACCCGGCUGCGCAAACAGGCCCUGCAGGAUACCCUCGCUCUCUAUAAGAUGUUCAGUGAGGCAGAUGCUUGUGAGCUUUGGAUCGACGAAAAGGAGAAAUGGCUGAAUAACAUGCAGAUUCCAGAGAAGCUGGAGGACCUGGAAGUGAUCCAGCACAGGUUUGAAAGCUUGGAGCCAGAAAUGAACAACCAGGCAUCCCGUGUGGCCGUGGUGAACCAGAUUGCCAGGCAGCUGAUGCACAGUGGCCACCCUGGGGAGAAGAUCAAAGCACAGCAAGAUAAACUCAACACAAGGUGGAGCCAGUUCAGAGAACUGGUAGAUAGGAAGAAGGAUGCUCUACUCUCUGCUCUGAGUAUCCAGAACUACCAUCUUGAAUGUAAUGAAACCAAAUCCUGGAUCAGGGAAAAGACCAAAGUGAUUGAGUCCACACAAGAUCUGGGUAAUGACCUGGCUGGAGUGAUGGCCUUGCAGAGGAAGCUGACGGGCAUGGAACGGGACCUGGUGGCCAUCGAAGCCAAGCUCAGUGACCUGCAAAAGGAGGCAGAGAAACUGGAAUCAGAGCAUCCUGACCAGGCACAAGCCAUCCUUUCACGGCUUGCAGAGAUCAAUGACGUGUGGGAAGAAAUGAAGACCACCCUGAAGAACCGGGAAGAGUCCCUGGGAGAGGCCAGCAAGCUGCAGCAGUUCCUGAGAGAUCUGGAUGACUUCCAGUCCUGGCUCUCCAGAACACAGACUGCAAUUGCCUCCGAAGAUAUGCCCAACACCCUGACAGAGGCUGAGAAGCUGCUCACUCAGCAUGAGAAUAUCAAGAAUGAAAUCAACAACUACGAGGAAGAUUAUCAGAAGAUGAGGGACAUGGGUGAGAUGGUGACACAAGGGCAAACUGACGCUCAGUACAUGUUCCUACGCCAGCGCCUACAGGCUUUGGACACCGGAUGGAAUGAGCUUCACAAAAUGUGGGAGAACAGGCAAAAUCUCCUUUCCCAGUCUCAUGCCUACCAGCUGUUUCUCAGAGAUACCAAGCAAGCAGAAGCUUUCCUUAAUAACCAGGAGUAUGUUCUGGCACACACAGAGAUGCCAACCACGUUGGAAGGAGCAGAAGCUGCUAUUAAAAAGCAGGAGGAUUUCAUGACCACCAUGGAUGCCAAUGAAGAAAAGAUCAAUGCAGUUGUGGAGACGGGCAGGAGACUUGUUAGUGAUGGGAACAUUAACUCUGAUAAAAUCCAGGAGAAAGUGGACUCAAUUGAUGACAGACAUAGGAAGAACCGUGAAGCAGCCAGUGAACUUUUGAUGAGACUGAAAGAUAACAGGGAUCUCCAAAAGUUUCUUCAGGAUUGCCAAGAGCUCUCUCUCUGGAUCAAUGAGAAGAUGCUCACAGCCCAGGAUAUGUCUUAUGAUGAGGCGAGGAACCUACACAGCAAGUGGCUGAAGCAUCAGGCAUUCAUGGCAGAGCUUGCAUCCAACAAAGAGUGGCUGGAGAAGAUUGAAAAGGAGGGAAUGCAGCUCAUUGCAGAGAAACCAGAGACUGAGGCCGUGGUGAAGGAGAAGCUGACAGGUCUCCACCAAAUGUGGGACGAGCUUGAAUCCACUACCCAGACCAAGGCUCAGCGUCUCUUCGAUGCAAACAAAGCAGAGCUUUUCACCCAGAGCUGUGCAGACCUGGAUAAGUGGCUGAAUGGUUUGGAGAGCCAAAUCCAGUCGGAUGACUACGGAAAAGAUCUCACCAGUGUCAACAUCCUGUUGAAGAAGCAACAGAUGCUGGAGAAUCAAAUGGAUGUCCGUAAGAAGGAGAUAGAGGAGCUGCAAAGCCAGGCAAGGGCUUUGAGCCAGGAGGGCAAGAGCACAGAUGAAGUCGAUGGCAAACGCCUUACUGUAGAAAAGAAAUUCUUGGAGCUGCUGGAGCCUUUGAAUGAGAGAAAGGCCAACCUGCUGGCCUCCAAAGAGAUCCACCAGUUCAACCGGGAUGUGGAAGAUGAAAUUUUGUGGGUCGGAGAGAGGAUGCCCAUAGCUACAUCUACUGAUCAUGGACACAAUCUCCAGACUGUGCAGCUACUAAUAAAGAAAAAUCAGACCCUUCAGAAAGAAAUCCAGGGCCACCAGCCUCGUAUCGAUGACAUUUUUGAGAGAAGUCAGAACAUCAUCACAGAGAGCAGCCCCAAUGCUGAAGUCAUUCAGCAGAGACUUGCAGACUUGAAGCAGCUGUGGAGCCUCCUCAUCGAGGAGACAGAGAAGCGCCACAAGCGCCUGGAGGAGUCUCACAGGGCUCAGCAGUAUUACUUCGAUGCAGCCGAGGCUGAGGCCUGGAUGAGCGAGCAGGAGCUCUACAUGAUGUCAGAAGAGAAAGCCAAGGAUGAACAGAGUGCAGUGUCCAUGCUGAAGAAACACCAGAUUUUGGAACAAGCAGUAGAAGAUUAUGCUGAAACUGUGCACCAGCUUUCAAAGACCAGCAGAACUUUGGUGGCAGAUAAUCACCCAGAAAGCGAGCGCAUCAGCAUGCGCCAGUCCAAGGUGGACAAGCUCUACGCGGGCCUGAAGGACCUUGCAGAGGAGAGGAGGGGCAAGCUGGACGAGAGGCACCGGCUUUUCCAGCUCAACCGCGAGGUGGAUGACCUGGAGCAGUGGAUUGCCGAGAGGGAGGUGGUGGCGGGGUCCCACGAGCUGGGCCAGGACUACGAGCACGUCACGAUGUUGCAGGAGCGGUUCCGGGAGUUCGCCCGGGACACCGGGAACAUCGGGCAGGAGCGGGUGGACACUGUCAACCACAUGGCUGAUGAGCUCAUCAACUCCGGCCACUCGGACGCUGCCACGAUCGCCGAGUGGAAGGACGGACUCAAUGAGGCCUGGGCGGAUCUCCUGGAGCUCAUUGACACGAGAACACAAAUCCUUGCAGCCUCUUAUGAACUGCACAAAUUUUACCAUGAUGCCAAGGAGAUCUUAGGACGUAUCCAAGACAAACAUAAGAAACUGCCCGAGGAGCUUGGUAGAGACCAAAACACAGUGGAAACACUACAGAGAAUGCACACGACGUUUGAGCACGAUAUCCAGGCCCUGGGCACCCAGGUGCGACAGCUGCAGGAGGAUGCAGCGCGCCUCCAGGCUGCCUACGCCGGGGACAAGGCUGAUGACAUCCAGAAGAGGGAAAACGAGGUCCUAGAGGCAUGGAAGGCACUGCUGGAUGCCUGUGAGGGCCGCAGGGUGAGGCUGGUGGACACAGGAGACAAAUUCCGCUUCUUCAGCAUGGUUCGGGAUCUCAUGCUCUGGAUGGAAGAUGUUAUCCGGCAGAUAGAAGCCCAGGAAAAGCCAAGGGAUGUUUCAUCUGUGGAACUGCUCAUGAACAAUCACCAGGGGAUCAAAGCAGAAAUUGAUGCCCGAAAUGACAGCUUCACUACGUGCAUUGAGCUUGGCAAGUCUCUACUGGCCAGGAAACAUUAUGCAUCUGAGGAGAUCAAGGAAAAGCUCCUGCAGCUGACAGAAAAGAGAAAAGAAAUGAUUGACAAAUGGGAAGACAGAUGGGAGUGGCUGAGACUGAUUUUGGAGGUGCACCAGUUCUCCAGAGAUGCAAGCGUGGCUGAGGCCUGGCUGCUGGGACAGGAGCCCUACCUGUCCAGCCGUGAAAUAGGGCAGAGCGUUGAUGAGGUGGAGAAAUUAAUCAAGCGGCACGAAGCGUUUGAGAAAUCCGCAGCUACCUGGGACGAGAGGUUUGCAGCGCUGGAGAGACUGACCACGCUGGAACUGCUGGAAGUGCGUCGGCAGCAAGAGGAGGAGGAGCGGAAGAGGCAGCCGCCCACUCCGGAGCCCAAGGUUGCAGAGGAUGGAGACUCCCAGCAGCAAUGGGAUGGAACAAAAGGAGAACAAGUUUCCCAAAACGGUUUGCCCUCAGACCAGGAAUCUCCACGGGUGGCAGAAACUGCAGAAACCAACGAAAUGGUCAACGGAGCUGCAGAACAGAGGACGAGUUCCAAAGAGUCCAGCCCCAUUCCUUCCCCGACGUCAGACCGCAAAGCCAAGAGCGGCGUUCAGGCCCAGACUGCUGCAACCCUCCCAGCCAAAACGCAGGAGAUCCCCUCAGCCCAGAUGGAGGGCUUCUUGCACCGCAAGCACGAGUGGGAGACACACAGCAAGAAAGCCUCCAGCAGGUCAUGGCAUAACGUGUACUGUGUCAUAAACAACCAAGAGAUGGGCUUCUACAAGGACUCAAAAGCUGCUGCUUCUGGCAUCCCUUACCACAACGAGAUCCCUGUCAGUUUGAAGGACGCAGUCUGCGAAGUAGCAGUCGAUUACAAAAAGAAGAAGCAUGUGUUCAAGCUCAGAUUGACCGAUGGCAACGAAUACCUCUUCCAAGCCAAAGACGAUGAGGAGAUGAACACGUGGAUUCAGGCCAUCACAUCAGCGAUCUCUUCGGACAAAAUCGAAGUGUCCCCGACCACCCAGAGCACUCCAGCCUCCAGCCGUGCCCAGACCCUGCCUGCCAGCGUCACAAUAACCAGCGAGUCCAGCCCUGGCAAGCGGGAGAAAGACAAAGAGAAAGACAAAGAGAAAAGAUUCAGCCUUUUUGGUAAAAAGAAGUGAAUUCCAUCUCCACACACUGCACUUCUCUGACCGUUCCAGUGGAAUUCCAGCAUGCGAGCUCAGAACCAAUACGUUACUCUCUGUGCCUCAUGUUCCUCAAUGUGAUUGACAUUUUUUUAUUUAUAGAGCGUUUUAAAAUAAAAAAAGCC